AAGUAAAAAUUAUUAGUCCCAGGAGACAGUUGUUGAUUAAUUAAAUGUAAGCUUUAUAAACGUACGGUACAAAAUCUUCGGAGGCUAUAAUAGGGUGAUGGCUGCUGUGCCGGGUGGGUUGUUGUUUUUUUUUUUUCUCUUUCAACCCCGAUUCUGCCACCCCCGCUCCGCAGCCUUGCGUCAUCAGUCUGGCGCACAUGUCAGGCAAGCAACUCGAGGGCUUUAUAAGCCGGUGCAUUCUAAGAUCGGCUGAGAUUUGUUUUAAAAUUCAUCUACCUUUCAUUUCCCUUUUAGCCUGCUUAGCAGGCAAGUCGACAUCAGUUGAGAGGAAACGAUAUUGUCGGUUCUAAAAGACUAAAAAGGUUCGAUCUGAUUUGAAAGGGCAAUAAUUUUUGUCAAGGAUGCCAUUUGCCACAAGCACACCAGCCAAAAAGCAUGGAACUUCUGAUGACUCUAGAGUCAGCAUCGAGCUUGAUGAAACAGCAGAGCAUGAGAAUAUGCUGAGUGCUGAAGGUGGUGACAACUGCACUCAAACAACCAGCAUCACUCUUGAUGAUGAAUUCACAAGCUCACAAGUCAAAAGGCCUAUGGUGCCAGAUGAUUCUGGAGUCAUCAUUGAGCUUAAUGAGACAGCAGCAGAGUGUGAAAAAAUGUUAGAUAAUGAUAACAGCAACACCAUAAUAACAGAGACAGAAGAAUCAGAUAUCACCAGCACUGCAUCAUGGUUAAUUUCCAUCCACUCCUCUAUUUCAAGCUUCUUUUUAGACAAGUCUUCUAUGCUAAAAAAGGUGUUUGUAGCUGUAGUGGUUGCUUUGUGCUUCGCUUACUUUGCUGCAUCCAUUGUGUUCCACAUCAUUGACUUCUGCCCAGAGCGUCGUGACAUAACACCUCUUGUUGCUGUGACCUGUGUGGGUCUGUUUUUGGGUGUCAUGACAUUCAUGUCUUCCCACUUUGGUCAUGACAUUCAGCAGAAAGUGCUGGUGCCUGUACAUACGGUCAUCAGACGUCAUUGGAAUUUUCUGAAAUGGGUGGUGGUGGUUGUGCCUCUGGCAGGCAUUGUUGCCAUUAUCAUUGGCACUGUCUACAACCAUCCAAGGAACCUCCUGUCUCUCGCAGGCUUGGCCACCUUCUUUCUUUUACUCUUCAUCUUCUCUGCACAUCCAACAAGAGUGAACUGGCGUCCUGUGAUUGGUGGCUUCAUUCUGCAGUUUUACUUCGCUGCUCUGAUUCUCAAGUGGGAAAUGGGCUACAAUAUGUUCCGUUUCAUGGGAGAGGAAGCUCGUAAAUUUCUUGCAUUCACUGAUAUUGGAUCCAGAUUUGUCUUUGGUGAUAAAUUCACAGACCACAUCUUCGUGAUGCAAGUGUUGCCUGUCGUCAUGUUUUUCAGCUGUGUUAUUACAAUGUUGUAUCACCUAGGCAUCAUGCAGGCCAUCAUCGGCAAGAUUGCACUAGUCAUGCGCUGUACACUGGGUACCACCGCAGCAGAAUCACUCUGUGCAGCAGGCAACAUUUUUGUCGGCCAGACGGAAGCACCUAUCAUGAUCAGACCCUUCUUGUCACUGAUGACCAAGUCUGAGCUCCAUGCUGUUAUGGUUGGUGGAUUUGCCACCAUUGCAGGGGGUGUUCUGGCAGCAUAUAUUAAGUUUGGAAUUCCUGCAGAGCAUCUGCUAUGUGCAUCUGUCAUGAAUGCACCCUGUUCCCUGGCUGUGUCAAAACUAUUAUAUCCAGAGACAGAAAAGAGCAAGAUCUCAAAUGUGAAUGCUGUGGUGAAGACAAAAGGGAAGUACUCAAACUUGCUGGAGGCAGCGGCAGCAGGCGCAUCACAGUCCAUAGCAUUGGUGGCGAACAUUGCAGCCAACCUAAUUGCAUUCAUUGCUUUGUUGGCAUUUGCCAAUGCUGUCAUUGCAUGGCUUGGUGGGUUUGUCUGCCUCCCUGACCUUUCCUUUGAGAAAAUCUGUCACUACCUGUUAAUGCCCUUGGUCUACCUGAUGGGUGUCCGGUGGGAGGAUGCUGGUCAGGUGGCAGAGCUAAUUGCCGUGAAGACAUUCCUUAACGAAUUUGUUGCAUAUGAGAAGUUGUCUGUGUUCAUCAAGGCAAGGAAUGAGUGCAACCUUGACUACCACAUUUUGUCACCACGAUCAGUGACCAUUGCCACAUAUGCCUUGUGCGGCUUUUCCAACCUGAGUUCCAUUGGAAUAAUGCUGGGUGGUCUCGGACCCAUGGCACCUGACCGAACUAGGGACAUGGCACAUGUUGUUGUGAGGGCGCUCUUUGGUGGAGUCAUUGUUUGCUUAAUCACAGCAUGCACUUCAGGGUUGCUGGUCCCCGAGGCAUCAUUAGAUCUUGAGGCUUGUAUGUCUGCUAUGAGAAAUGAAACCCUAACAAGUCAAGUCUUUCAAGACAAUGUCACUGAUGUUACACUGGGGCUUACUACAAUCAAUAUUGGGGCUUUUGCAUGAAAAAGAGGCAAAAGCAGCAUGAAAUGUAGGAAAUAAGGAGAGUUAUGCCAGAAAAGGAUGCAUGUUUUCUGUAUCACUGACAUUGUUUGUAUGUGAUUUUUUUUUUUUAAACAAGGGAGUGACAUUGGUUGCAACACAUAUCACUAGGUUAGCAGUUGAAUUGCUGGUGCUAUUUUCACAUUCUGGCAUUAUUUAUGGGAUGUUAAAAUGAACCACUGUUCAAAUUUAUUGAGCCACAGAGAGGUGUUUCACAGAAUGAAUGCUCAGAUUUUCACUAAACUCAGUUUUACCACUGCCAUGCACCAGAAGUUCCAACUUUUUGUUGGUGAUGCAUUUCCUAUAAAUUGUGUGAAACAUUCAUUUCUAAAUGAGACAAGGUCAAGUUGGGUAAUUAAAAUCUGCAAUUAAAAAAAAGGUGUCAUUCAUAAGAAAUUCCAUGUUUUCCAAGUAACCAGUUGAAAGAGUAAGCCCAGACUUGUUGGCGAUGUAAUAGGUCCUGGUCUGAAUGUUACUUUGACAACAAGGCAUUGAAAAUAAUUUUUAAUAAAGGUACACAUAAAUCAACCUAAAUUCUUUUGACGUCACUUAAAAUUUCAGCCUCUACAAGAGCUUAGAGCACCUGCUUUUGAAGAUGUGCCAUACAGCAAACCUACUAUUGUGACAUCUUGAGAAUUAAAGUUUUGACCUACUGUUCAAAGGGAAGAUGAAUAACAGUGUUCAAAGACUUGUAUCUCACAAGUUAUUUGCUCAGAUUUGGGGAAAUAGUAUUUUGAGGUGAGCCCUGGUCUGGUAUUUGAAGAUAAUUUUCACUUGAACUGACCUUUAAAGAAUGUACUAAAUGUUUGUGUCUUUAUCUGAUGGUAAACCUGUAAAUUAAUGGCUUCCAUAGUUUCUCACUUUUACCCGGUGUAGAGAACAGGGACAAAACUGUUCAACUCUUUAGACAGGCUCAUUGUGUUUUGUGCUGACUUGCAUGCAUAAUAUAAAAUGUAGAUGUGCAAAGAAAUAUCAGUCUACAUGGUGCAAGUUAGUUUAACAUAAAGAAUUAACUUGCUACUUUUGUGAAGGUAUCCCACCAUAUGUGCUCAUAAUAUACCAAAGGUAAUAUACUUUAUGUGCAAUGUUUGAACCUGCAGAUGGUUAUUUAUCUUGUCAAUAAUAGAAUCCACAAAAUUGCAUGGGGAGCCUAAAAUAUACAGCUCCUCAAUGGUCUCAAUGGCAGCAUUAUGUACUAACAUUUUACAACCUCAGCACAGCCAUAUGAAAAAAUGCAAUAUUGGUUUCUUUGCUUGAAGGUAGAAGGUGUAGUUGUAAUGGCAGUUUGGUCAAAUUUUAACACAUAUUCUACCCAUUAACAUAUCCAAGACUGAAAAAAAGAAUGUGCUUGCAAUGAACAUUCCACAUAUACUGAGGAUGCACAGGAAGUUAUAGGUCAUGUGUACCAGGGCAAAGUACCAAUAACUGAAACAAUAGGUGCCAACACCGUGUAAUAUUCAAAAUCAAUAAUAUAUUUUAUCAUAUGCCCUUAGCUUAGUGAGGGAUUUCUAUUUAUAAAUUAAAAAUUUUAUUUAUUCUUGUUUUGGAUUUGUAAGUAGAAAUAAAUUUGUGCUGCUUCUGCUAUUUAAGCAUUUUAUGACAGCAGUUGGAUUUCUUUAGGGGCUGGAGAAGUGGCGAGAUAGCAAUAUUGCAUGUUUUAUUUAUCAAUACAUUAUUGUUCCCUAAAUUAAACAUGAAGACCAUCAAUGGAUUUUAAGUUUAGUACACACCCUAUUGUUUCUUUUGAGUAUUUUAUGGUGUCUUAUUCUUCAAAGUACACCGCAUUUGUGUGCCAUUUGAUUAUUUUGCUGGUUUUAUUUUAUUUUUUUGUUUGCUUGCUGACUUUAUUAGACAGCAUUUACUUAUUGUCCUAAAAAGAGGCUGUUUCUUACUGCUGCUGUUUUCUGUUUGUUUUUUUGUUCCUAUUGGAUGUGUGUCCAUUGGCUUAUAAACUUAUCUUUGACUGUCCAGAGGUUUCUAGAUUGAAUUUACAGCUUUAUGACAGAUUGAUAUUUCUUUCUAUAAUAAUCAUUUGGUUUUUAUCAUGGUUAUAGUCUUUAAGAUGAAAAAUUGUUAAGAACCCUGAACAGUACUUCUGAUCUUGAAUUUAAGUACAUAUUAAUUUUCAUUACUUU